UCGCCCAUAAAAUCCAAGGGUUACCAAAUAAAACAAAUGUUUAUGAAAGAACCGUGCAUACAGUUAUACUGUCGAUUAAAAGGCUACAUACCAGUCGGAGAAGAGCACUUCCCAUCCGAAAUAGAUGGCAUUCCAACAGACAUUUUACAAGGACAUGCAGAAUUGUUAGUGGAAGACAUAAGAAUAGGGAGUGAAGUGGGAAGGCUAGGUGGGAAAAGUGGAACACUUGGAGGAUUUGUACGAUAUCUUGGUAAAGAUGCGUUCCUCACCUGUGCCCAUGUGAUUAUCGACAAGGAAUAUCUAGUUACAAAAGAAAAUAGACAGAAAAUUCAUGUAAAUACCAUAAAUGUUUAUUAUAUUAAUCAAGGAUCUCCUCCUGGUACCAGUGCCCUUCCUUGUGGCGAACUGAUAAACUUUGCAUUUCCACCAGAUGAAAGCGAAGAUACAACUGUUGAUGCAGCCAUUAUUCAGCUUGACAAAACUUGUGUCAAAAUCAAUCAUCAAAAUGUGGUAUUUGAUCAAAAUAGUAUACCCAGGUCAAUUACGGAUAUGGGAAUGUCAUCGCCAUACCUAAAUGCAUGUUGUUUAGAUUACAAAGAAGUAGGAACUAUAUUAGAAUUGCAAAUGCGAUCCAGUGGGUCAGUUUCAGGACUGCAACUAUGUCAGGAUAAAAUAGUAAUAGAAAAAGAAAGAAGACAAGAACUUCAAACAUUUAUUGAUUCUGUCAGUGAAAUGGUAAUCCGCAAUCCUAAACCAGAUGAUAUUUCUGAAUUUAUUCAUUUUAAAGAACAAGUUAAAACUGUGGCAGAUGGUGAGCUGAAAAGUCCAAGAGUGUUUACUGUCUACAAUCAGUUAUCAUUUAGGAAAAUUGCUUUUCAGCUAGGUGACUCUGGAACGUGCAUUUAUGCUGUAGGUCCAAAUGGAAUAACUGGUUGUAUAGGCAUGGCAAUUGCUUCUCAUCCAGCUGGAGGAUGCAUCGUUACACCAAUUAAAGCUAUUCUGUCAUCUUUCCGAAUGUUGUAAAUUUGAAUAUACUGAGAACUCAGUCAUAUUUUAAAUCAAAGUACUAAAAAUGUAGUUUAGUAGACUAUAAUGUUUUAAAGUAUUUAAACAUAUUUCAAUUCUUUUCAUCAUUUUUCAGUACAUUUUAAUAAUUGUCAUUUAAUUUGUAUACUAGCUUUCAAGCAAGCUAUUAUCGUCGAUCUAUAUUAGAGAAUUAGCCCCUUUUAACAUGAUGUCAACCGAUCAUCAGUUGAGCCAUCACCAUUUCAGUUUCUAGAUAUUAACGCUUUAAGUCAUAAUCAAAUAGCAAUUUGUUUUUACCCUCAACACCUCAUAGAUAUCGAGAGAGAAUGGAACAUCACAAACGGUGUGCUCUUAAUUCAUGAAUAUAUCAUCUUUACUAAAUGUACACAAUGAUAAAGUUUUAUCUUUUUAUCAAGAGUGUAAUACAUGUGAUUGAAUUAAGUUAACGAGUUACGAACGAAACCGUCCUUCUGCAAAGUUCAAAUUUCAACUGACAAUGAAUACCUGCAUAUUCCCACUAUAUUUAAUGUUUUAUUGUAAAAGAAGAAAAUUGACAAUGGAUAAUACACAUAUAUUUUUUAUUUAAGAGAUCUUAUCCCAUAUUGUGAAAGCAGCUAGUUGAAUAUAAAAGGAUAGCUAUUCCUUUGUCGCCAUAGUGUAAGUUUUCAGUUGUGGUGAAGACAUACAACUGAAGCCAAAUUAUUUAGAUUACUGUGUUUAGAAUCUCUAAUAAUAUUUUAUCAUAUUAUAUUUUAAUGACGUUUUGUAAAAUAAUUUCUCUUCAUAAUCCAAGAAAUUUGUAACAUAGAUUUAUGUGUUUGUUAAAGUAUUCACAAACACACGCUUAUAUUCUUUAAACAAAUACACAAGAUUUUGAUGAAGAAAAUUUUUGAAAAAAAUCAAUCGUAAACAUAAAUAAAUAUAUUGCAUAGCUACAGUAAUACUCAACCGCUGUUAAUUUGUUCAGGUUCAUUUCUUUAAAACGUAAACCAAGAUUUGUCUGCUAUUUUGAUACAAAUUAUUUGACAGCAAAGCAAACUAAUCCCGUUUAUCUAGGUUUAUAUACAAAAUGGUUUUUUUUUCAAUUAUGAAAAGGAAUAACUUGUUUUUAACCGCCACCUCGUUGAAUCAGAAUUUGAGAAUUUAAAAUUAAAAUGAGAACACAUUUCUUCAUUGUAAAAUAAAGGGUGAGUUGACUUCCGUUAUUUUUUGAGGAGUGCAUUAACUGAAAAUAUUUUUUGUUAGAGCACUAUUGAGUUCCGACGUUGACUACUUCUGGUGUGAAUAACAAGAACAAGGAGAGCUUAAACCUGUGCUCACACUUUAAUCUCAAAAGAUCUGACUCCUACUUUUUUACUUCUCUGGUUAUUUAUUCAUUUUCUGCCUUUUACAAAGGUCUAUCUCCAUGAAAUAAGCAUGCAUCAAACACUUGUUCCUGGAACAAGCACAAUCACAACUGAUUAAUUAACCGAUCUUUUCUUAGUUGUUGGGAAAUGAAAGAUUGUAUCACCUUCAUGAUUGUUUUUAAAAUGUCUCCUUCUUUUCAUAAUAUUUUAUUAAUUAACUCCUUUGAAACUUAAAGUCCCAUUCGGGAUUGAAGACAGAUAAACCUCAAAUAAGAUUUAACAUCUAUCAUCAAGAACGUAGUAGGAGAGAAACUAUUCAAUAAUACAUAAACGACACUCAAGUCUGUAAAAUUCUUUGUAAAUCCCACGUCAGCAAUUCAUUUGCAUUAAGAUGUAUAUGAAAUGCACAUCCUACUGACAUCUGCCGCUUCUGGUUUUUUUUUCUGAAAAUGAGAGAUAGUUAUCACGUAACUUUUUAAUUGACAUAUUUCAAUCAUGAAAAUUGCAGUAAAGUUUAUUUGGUAAGCAUUUAACCUUUGACAUGUGUCAUCGCCCAUUAAUAUUACCAAUCAUGUAUAACUACAACUUAACAAUUGACAUAGUUAAUGCGCUCAAAACUACUUGUCAAGUGUCUCGCUAUAAACUAAGUUAGGGUUAAAGUAUGAAUGCUUACAUAAAUAAAAAGUAGAGUUACAAAGAUCUGGUUUAUGUCUUAUCACUUAAUCAGCAUGCACAAAGUCAUUAUUAUUAGAAUACCCUUUCUAUUGUACAUGUAUGUAUAGCACUAGUUAUUGUAGAUUUUGCAUUAUCAUACUUUGUGUAGUAAUUGUUCCUUUUCACAACUUAUAUAUGUUUUAUAAAAACUAGCACGAUUUGAAGUGUCAAAGGCUUUAGUAUAUGUAAUACAUACAUGUAAUUCGAGUAUUUACAUGUAACAUGCUUAUCUGUUUUAUACAAAAACUAUUAUAUUAUUGUCAAUAUAAUGGAAUUCUAUGAGACUGUCAUUCAAGUGAGAGGAUAAGCUAGCUAUCCCAAGGGAAACACCAUUUUUUAAAAACAUGUCAGCUGUUUGUCAUUCGUUUGAUGUGUUUGAGCUUUUGAUUUUGCAUUUGAUAAGGAACUUUUCAUUUAACUUGGAGUUCCGUAUUUUUGUUAUUUUGAUUUUUGUCAAGCCUUCGACUUUUGUCGAAAAAGCGAGACAUAGCGAUCCUACAUUCCGUCGGCGUCGUCGUCGUCGUCGGCGGCGUCCACAAAUAUUCACUCUGUGGUAAAAGUUUUUGAAAUUUUAAUAACUUUCUUAAACUAUCCUGGAUUUCUACUAAACUUGGACAGAAGCUUCUUUAUGAUCAUAAGAUAAUAUUCAAAAGUAAAUUUUGUAAAAAAAAAAUUCCAUUUUUUCCGUAUUUUACUUAUAAAUGGACUUAGUUUUUCUGCCAAGAAACAUUACAUUCACUCUGUGGUUAAGGUUUUUGAAAUUUUGAUAACUUUCUUAAACUAUCCUGGAUUUCUACCAAACUUGGAAAGAAGCUUGUUUAUGAUCAAAAGAUAGUAUCCAGAAGUAAAUUUUGUGAAAAAAAAAUUCCAUUUAUUCCGUAUUUUACUUAUAAAUGGACUUGGUUUUUCUGCCAAGAAACAUUACAUUCACUCUGUGGUUAAAGUUUUUGAAAUUUUAAUAACUUUCUUAAACUAUCCUAGAUUUCUACCAAACUUGGAAAGAAGCUUGUUUAAGAUCAAAAGAUAGUAUCCAGAAGUAAAUUUUGUAAAAAAAUAAUAAAAAAAAACCAUUUUUUCCGUAUUUUACUUAUAAAUGGACUUAGUUUUUCUUCCAGUUAACAUUACAUACAGUCUGCACUUUAAAGUUUUAAAACAUUUAUAAGAUUCAUAAACUAUCCUGGAUUUUUACCAAACUUGGACAGAAGCUACUUAUAUCAAAAGAUAGUAUAGAGAGGAUUAUUAUAAUUAAUUUUUUUCCUCAUUUUUGUUGAGCCUGCGAUUAACAGCAAAAGUAGGCGAGACACUGGGUUCCGCGGAACCCUUACGAAUUUUUACAUUACUUAAGAAAUGUAUUUUUUUGUUGAUCAUGAUACUCACUUUGGCUUUGAGCGUUCCUGAUGAAGGUAAAUACAGAAAAGCGCAUCGGACGCAUGAAAUUAUUAAACGUGUUGUUUUCAAUUUUUUGAUAUUAUUAAAGGCUAAGUAUUAUUUUAGGUAUAGAGGCACUAAUUUGGGCUAUGGGUCAAAUAGAACACACAAGAAGGUAGCACAUACAUUAAAAAAAAUAGUCCAUACGCAUAGACGUUACUUUGCCAAAGGAAAAAUAUUUGGGUAAUUUUCGUAUCAAAUGAAAGCUGAAGGUCUUGUAAUCACUGUAAACGCAGUGAUAAAAAAUUUUCUAAAAUAAUAAAUAAACUAAACAUAUGAAAUUAUGAUGGGACAUAUAUCCCCUGUUGCUAAGAUCAGAUGAUUUGUUUUAAUACUAACCAACUUCUAAGAAAAAGUGCGCAUUUAUAUGACACUGAAGAUAUGUAUAGUUUUGCUAGGAAAUGAAUACCACUUUAUUUGAACUUAAGACGACAUAGCUAUAAAUUCCUGAAAUUGCAUAUUUUAACAUAGGAAGCAAUGGGGCUUUUUGGUUUUAUUAACAAUUUGCUGCUAUGUUUUAAGAGUCAAUAUUAUAUUACGAAGAGUAAGAUGAACCAUCAUUUUAUCUAUCGAAGCAUUGCAUAAUAAUUUUAGGGACUUGCAGAAUGUACAUGUUGAUGACAAUAUAGAUAUACAUAUUUGAAUAAACAUUUUUGAUUGAUAAUCAGAGUCGGAAAAUUAGUUUUAGAAAUGGUAUUUUACCAGACAGUAUGGAUGAAGAUACAUAUUAAUUUGAUCCAUAUUUUAAAAAAUCAAGGAUAUUUAUUAGACCGUACAAGGAUAUAAUGCUUAACUCAGUAAAAUUUUAACUGUCAGUUUGAAUUGUAAAAUGAAUUAUAUUAUCAGAUGAUAUUGAAUUGAUUUCUGAGGUGACAAUGUAUUCAUUUUGUAUGGGUUAACAUCGAUAUGAUAUAAUUUAGGAAACUGUUGAGUUUUCUUAUUUGCAGAUUGUUAAUGUGGUUGAUGCAUGCAUGGAUUAGAUUUUAGCGAGAGAAAUUUUUAUAUUACUGAAAAAUUAUUACACCAGGGUUUUCGAUAUCAUAAACUAGUCAAAACAUUUACUAAAUUUUAUCAUCGGUAUAAGGACAUCAUUCGUAAAUAUAACUCAACAUGCAGACAUCUUAUACGUUCGGGUAUUUCACAUCCAAUCUUUUAUGGUAAUAUUCUUUACAAAGCACAAAAAUGCCAGUAUUCACCUCAAAAUCUAACAAAACCUUUAAACAGACUUAUUAAGAAGGGAUAUAGUUACGAUACUGUUGUCAGGUCAUUAAAGAUUGCAUAUUUUGGCUUUAAUAUUGAUUCACUUAUAGGUUCUUUGCAUCGGAAUUAAACAUAUUUAUUCUAAAACCAGUUGUUGGCAUGACACGGGUUGUGUUCUUCUCAUAUAUUUUAUGACGGUAUAAUACUAAACCCCUAACAGGAGGGAUUGUGCCUGAUAUUCAUAUGAUGAAGACAUAAUCUCAUACAUGUGAACCUCCCGACGGGAGUACAAUAAUCCCGUUUUCAGGGGUCUCCGCCCGACCUCCCGUUGAAGAGGAAAAAAUCCCGUGUAUGAAAUUUUUCAUGAAUGAAAAAUUUCUGCCCAACAUAUCAUCUCAGGCAUCUGGUGUAACUGACAUUACCUGAAGUUAUAUUUUACCUAUAAAUCAAUUAACAUGCAUAAUUAUAUGGCUUCACUUGUCAGCUUGGGUGUCAAACAUACUGGUAAUCAACGAUUUUUACCUCAGACUAACUGCCGUUGUGUAACAAAAAUUGUGUAUUUAUUGGGUUACUUCCCUUGAUUUAUCCUGUUUUAAAUUACUUUCCUUUUAAUAAUGAAAUUUUUUUAAAGAAUAUAAAUAAAAUAUAAAUUGAACAAAUAAUCAUAAAAGGAUUGUAAUUAAAUGAUUUUAAAUGUCUUAGGACAAAUAAAAAAAUAAUAAUUUGAAAAUUAUUUGAGGAUUCUAUACUUCUUUUCAAGGCUUAAAUUGAAAUUUAUAUAAUAACUAUGACUCUUGUUUUCCAGUUAGAAUGAUUUUUCUGAGUAUGCAAAUAAAAACUAUUUGCAGAUAGUUAACCCUUAGACUGAUGCAUUCAUUUCUAUUGUACUUUUGUGUAUUGCUGGAUAAAAUUUUAAUCACUGAUGAAAUAAACAUGUUUACUUACAAUUGCAAUAUCUUUGUAAAUAUUGAAUAUUCAUCAAUAAAAGUUAUAUACAAAAGUAUUUUUAUAUUCUGUAUUUUUUAUUUAUUUUAUUUUUGUGUGAGUCUCUAGUCAUUUAUUACCUGUACAGGUGCAAAUAGAGGUAAACAAAGGUAAAUUUUUUUUUUUCAUGUUUUAUUAACGCGAAUCCAUCAAU